AUGUAUGAAGCCGUUUCAAAUGAGGAUAAGGCAAAAUGGUGUGAUGUUGCCAGAGAGUAUACAAAAGGACGAGAUUCUUUCCCUGGAGCAUCGCGCGCUUGGCUUAGUGGCAUGAUGGCUACUAUCGUUUCGAACGCCGGGUUGGCUCAGCAGCAGACAUAUAUAAAAACCGAAAUUCCUGCUCCACCAUUAGUUGAACUUCCUUCGAAAUUAUCUCUUGCUAGUGUUCACACACCUCGGAACGUAGCGGAGUCCAGGAAGCGAGCUCGUGAGAAUGCAGAGCCGGAGUUUGGAAGAAUUCCUAAGAAGGCGAGGCUUAUUAUUGAGGAGAAAAGAAAACGACUUCGUGAGGCGGAACCGGAGCCUGUUCAAGAAGAGCGUAGUGUCAAGAAAGUACGGGUACUCAAGGGAGAUACUUCCUCUGAAGAUCUCGGAUUUGAUAUCGCUAGAUAUUCCGAACAUUUCGGCGUUCGACCAGAACCUGAAGAUUCUGAAUCAUCUAGGGACACUACCCCUGAUAGCUUUGCUGACACCACUACUGAAGAUACAGCUGAAACUACCCUGGAUACUAGUCUGGAGGACGUUCUGGUGUCAGCUCCGGAUAUCAUUCCGAAGAGUAGUCCAGAAUUCAUUCCAAAUGACAUAUCGGAAACGAUUUUAGAGGCCGCAGACUUUAUCCUAGAGAAUGCUCUAGAUACCAGUCUGGAGGCUGUUCCGGAUAUCGUACUCGAGGCUACGAAUACCGCCCUAGAACCUCCUACAGAUGACAUCCUAGAAUCUAUUACAGACGACAUCCUCGAGAUUACUCCAGACGACAUCAGAGAAGCUACUCCAGACGACAUCCUAGAGAGUAAUUCGGACAUCAUCCUGAAGAGUACUUCGGAAAUCAUCCUAAAGAGUACUUCAGAUAUGAUCCUAGAGAUUACUCCAGAAAUAAUUAUAAGAAAAACCCCAGAUGUCAUCGUAAGAGACACACCAGACCUUAUCCUAGAGACUAUUUCAGACACCGUCCUAGAGAGUUCUCCGGAAAUCAUUGUGGAAAUAGCCCCAGAUGUCAUUGUCGGGGACAAUCCAGAUGCUGUUUCGAAGACUCCCUCGGACAAUUCCCCGGAUACUUCUUUGGACGUCGAAUCCGACGCCGAGUCAGAUAUUAGCGAUCGCGAUAUGUUCGGCACUCCACAGGCCACCCCAGAUAUAUCUCCAGACACCUCUUUGGAGAUCAAUUCUGACAACGAGUUUCUUACCAUUAUGAAUCUGCUCAAUCGUCCGAAGACUGCUCCGGAUGAUUCUGUAGGAGAUUCCCCAGAAGAUUAUUUGGAUAUUAACUCCAACAACGAAGCAAACAUCACCCCAACCAUCUCGGAUGUUGUGAUCGAUCUUUUCACCCUUCCGAAAGACAUCUUGGAGAAUUCUAGCAAUGAUUCUUCAGACGUUGUUUCCGAUGGUGACGUGAUUUCUAUUGACGACCUGUUCGCUACGCCGGAUGUCGAGGAGGAAGAAGAAUUAGCAUCAGUCACACCGAUCAGUUAUUCCAGCGAUCCCGACGAUUCUGAUUCUGAUUCCAGAGUAUUCUCAUCAUUUGAGAAAAGCUUUGAAACCGAAACAAGUUUCGGAAGCGACACUUCGUUCCAAAAUUCCAACUUUCUCGAUGGCAAAAACACCCCUUCUAAAUUCGAAGACGAUCACGAACCUGAAGAAACACCAGAUUUCUUCGAAAUCAGUGAUGAUCCAAACGAAAUUCCUCAUUUUAUGAGACCUGGGUAUGGCGCUAUCGGUGGCCCACUACCUACACCUCUGCCUCCGGAACUUUGGAGUACUGGUACUCAACCCGCUCUUGCCUCUGGCUCCUCGAAUGCAAUAGAAGACAUUCGUAAUUGUUUUUCCAGCAUCGAAGACCUGAUGUUAAGAUAUCAACAACCCAGUGCGCUCCCUUACGAUGGACAUACCUUCGAGGAAGAUUCAGAAAUAUACGAUUCUUCCGAAACCUACGAGUCUUCCGAGGCGGACAACUACAAAGAAAAACAAGAUUAG